GUUUCAAGUCGAGUGUUUCAAUCACAGAAAUGCAAUAUUUGCUACAAUGCACACUCCACAAAUAGAACAGUUCUGAACAAUCACUCCUUUCGAACAACACUCCUCAUACAUGUUUGACGUAUAAAGUCACAAUAAUACGAACAUUACGAGAAUAAACUGCAGCUUUAAAAUGCGUCUUAUAGCGCGUACAUUCUAGAGUGGAUCUCAGCGUUCAAUGUUAUCGUUGUUCGUCUGCUGGAGUUUCGGUGGGAAAUCCCCAUAAAUAUCCAGACAAAUUAUCUCUAGCUCGAUGAAGGAUGUUGUAAACAAAUGUUUUAAAUGCUGAAUGUUAACUAGUGCAAACCUGGCUAAAGGAUUUUAUGUUUGCAAAAAGAAUUUACCGCUUCUAAGGUAUGACACUGCAGCGCAUCAGGGAAAAUCGAUUACUUUGACAUUGGACAUGAAUCUUACAAAAUGACAAAUAUUAAAGACAGUUCACCGGGGAUGCAGAGACCGCCUAAUGAUAAUUCAGUCCAAGAUCAAAGGUCAAAGCUUGCAUCGGAAAGUGAAACCAUUCCACCCGAAAAUACAGACGUCGACGAGCAGAGACCGCUUGAUUUUAAUACAGUCCAAGUUCAAAGGUCAAGCCGUCUAUCGGAAAGUGAAAGUAUUCCGUCCGAGAGAACAGCCGUAGACGAGCAGAGACCGCUUGAUUUUAAAUCAGUCCAAGAUCAAAGGUCAAGCCGUGCAUCUAAAAGUGAAAGCAUUCUGUCCGAGAGAACAAACGUCGACGAGCAGAGACCGCUUGAUUUUAAUUCAGUCCAAGUUCAAAGGUCAAGCCGCGCAUCGGAAAGUGAAAGCAUUCCACCCGAGAGAACAGACGUCGACGAGCUUAUUAAAUAUGAUUUUAGAAUAGACCAAAAAGACAUUGAACACUUUGGGCAAUGCAUCGAAUGCGUAAAAGCAAUCCCAGUCUUUUCCUACGACGAUAUAGAAAUCGGAGACCACAUCACAUAUAACGGAAGAAUUUACGAUCAUCAUGCAAUUGUUUCGGCAAAAUUCGGAAAUGAAAAGAUAAAAAUAAUAGAGGCUACAAAUAGCUUUUCCGGGGCGGUAUUCGGUCUUUUCCCAUUUGGUAGGAAAGCAUUAAUAAAAGAAUCUGAGAGGUCAUUGGAUUUUACUAAGGACCGAAUUCAUGUUGUGGUAUACAAGAAACGAGUCUUCGAAAACAUCAAAGUUGCCAGCAGGGCAAAGGCUAUUUGCAAAGCUAAAGGUAAAAAUAGUAAAUACGACUAUCAUUAAUUGGAUAACAACU